GUCCUGAGGUUACGCGUUUCUGGAUUCACCACAACAAUUACGCUAACGAUGUUCUAAAUUUAGUGUCCGUUUCUGAUUCUGGUUUUCAAAUUGCAUCCAUUUUCCAUUCUGAAUUUGUCUUUUUGCAUUAACAUGUUACAAAAGUGUUUGGGAGCUCAAAGGGCGCGAAGAUUCCAGAGAGCUCUCAGGCAUUGCAAGGUCACCAUCCUCUGCCUGGUCCUCACCCUUGUUGUCCUGCGCGGCACCAUCGGUGCUGGAAAAUUCGGCACGCCGGAGCAAGACUUCGUCGACAUUCGCGACCGUUUCUACUCCCGCAAGCUCCCUGAGAAUGACCACCACCUCGGUCACCUGCAAUCCACGACGUUCAACGAUUCCGAUUCCACCACCAAUUACAAUGUCUUCGACAUCAAUACCAUAUUGGUCGACGAACCAGAAGACGAGAACGGCGAGAAAUUGAACUCGGAAGAGCCGUAUCGUCUCGGCCCCAAAAUAUCGACAUGGGACGAGCAACGAUCUCGCUGGCUUCGCAAUAACCCCAAUUUAUCUAAUUUCGUUCGGCCCAACAAGCCUCGUGUGCUUCUGGUAACUGGGUCGUCGCCGAAACCGUGCGAGAAUCCCGUUGGGGAUCAUUACUUGUUGAAGUCUAUUAAGAACAAAAUUGACUAUUGUCGUUUGCAUGGGAUUGAGAUGUUUUACAACAUGGCACUCUUUGACGCUGAGAUGGCAGGGUUCUGGGCCAAGCUUCCUCUGAUUCGGAAGCUUCUUUUGUCUCAUCCUGAGGUGGAGUUUAUAUGGUGGAUGGAUAGUGAUGCCAUGUUCACGGACAUGGCGUUUGAGGUGCCGUGGGAGAGGUAUAAAGACCACAACUUGGUGAUGCAUGGGUGGGAUGAGAUGGUUUAUGAUGACAAGAAUUGGAUUGGGUUGAACACUGGGAGUUUUCUGCUGAGAAAUUGUCAGUGGUCUUUGGAUAUUCUCGAUGCUUGGGCUCCAAUGGGGCCUAAAGGGAGGGUUAGGGAUGAGGCUGGGAAAGUGCUCACGCGUGAGCUCAAGGAUAGACCUGUUUUUGAAGCUGAUGAUCAAUCUGCCAUGGUUUAUCUGCUGGCUAAGGAUAGGGACAAGUGGGGUGAUAAAGUUUAUCUUGAGAACAGUUAUUACUUGCAUGGUUAUUGGGGGAUUUUGGUUGAUAAGUACGAGGAAAUGAUUGAGAAUUACCAUCCUGGUCUCGGGGAUCAUAGGUGGCCCUUGGUGACUCAUUUUGUGGGGUGCAAGCCUUGUGGGAAGUUUGGGGAUUACCCUGUCGAAAGGUGCUUGAAACAGAUGGAUAGGGCCUUCAAUUUUGGGGAUAAUCAGAUUCUGCAGAUUUAUGGAUUCACACAUAAGUCGUUGGCUAGUAAAGGAGUUAAGAGAAUACGGGACGAGACUAGCAAUCCCCUUGAGGACAAGGAUGAACUUGGGUUGCUUCAUCCAAGCAUUUAAAACAGUUGAGUUUGCAGUUUGCGGAUCUGAUGGUACAAUUAGUGGUCUCAUUAUCCACUGUUACAGUUAAUAUGGUCGCUCUGAACACUAAAUGGUCGAAUCGAACCAAUAAGGACUACGCAGAAACUGGGAUAGUGACUGGACUCACUGCCCAUACACAUUUACAAGGUUACUUGUGAUUUAAGACAAAUUCUAGAUUUAGAGACAGGAAAAGCAAUAUUUUUUCUGUAUCAGAUUCCAUUCUGCCUGUAUGUUAAUUAUGAUCUGAUCUGUAUAUUUUAUAAUCAUCUGCUUUUUCUGAGUGAUAUAAUUUUUAGCUUUUACAUCAUUAAUUAUGAAAAUUGUUUGCGACGUAAGUACCUAACAGGGGGCUGUAACUGGGACUGGGACUGAGAAUUCGCAGUUCUGUAA